AUGGUGAAAGCAGACGUGCGCAAGGAUUACUAUGCGGACCUUGGGCUCCAACCCAGCGCGGAGGCCGAGGACAUCAAAAAGCAAUUCAGGAAACUAGCACUCAAGUACCACCCGGACAGGAACCCAGGACGAGAAGUCGAGUUCAACGCGAAAUUCCAAGCCAUCCAGGCCGCCAAUGAGAUCCUCAGUGACCCCUCGCAACGACUGAAAUACGACACCGAUCGUUUACGCGCAGGCUAUGGAAAAUGCUACGGACCACCCAAGGCAAAUACCCAGCGCAAAACACAACCCCCCACCUACCCUCCUCGCCCUACACCAACUUCGGCGUCUACAAAUUCACAGUACGCGAAGGCGAGCCCGAGUACCCCAUCGGCUGGCGCUCGAAGAUACGCAUCUCAUGCACGUGCCGGUCCGCAGCAGUUCAAACAACAGGAUAAUGCGCAAACAAGGGCCGAUGCAUUCCAUGGCUUUAAUAAUAUGAGAGGAGGUCAGGCAUCUGGAUGGCAGGGCUUCGAUCCUUCAACUGGCCGUGCCACUGGCGGUGUCCCAGGUCCUGGGGCACAGCGUCAUCCCUUUGGAACUUCUGCACAAUCUACCCGGCCCAAGUCUGCCUUUGAGGCCCACAAUUCCCAUUCCAACGCACAGUCUUUCAAGAAAAAGCAGGGAUUUGCACCAGGCGUGGCUGGAGGAGAUGAGCCGAUGGCCCGCAAUACUUCUGCCUAUAGCAAUAACAGUCGAACCGAACGGAUGAGCAGCCAAUACUUCAAGCCUGCUGUUCCCCCAACUGCGAAGAAACCAACAUCACCUGAACCGUCUCAACCCAAUCCUCGCCAUUCAUACACCCCGGAGUUUCGAACGACCCAGUAG